CUUUGUGAAUAGACUGGUUAGUUGUCAUCACGCUUGAUCACAUUUGUCCUCAGCUAACACUUAUAUAUGCGUGCGUGUGUUAAUGCGAUGUUUCGGGAAUGUUUUGAUCAUGGCUAAUUUACGGAUUUCGUUAGCUGUCGCUGCUCAGGCUGUCCUUCACAGAACCUGUGCGGCUCUUUGGUGCAACUGCACUUGGCAAUGUGAGAAGACAGGUUUCCUGUGUGAGACUGAUGGAGCAUGCAUGGCUGCCACGUCCUUCAUAGAUGGCCAAAGGCAGCACAUCCGUACUUGCAUUACACGGGACAACCUCAUACCACCUGGACACCCAUUCUACUGCCUCAGUGCGGAGGGUUUCCUCAACGUCCACUGCUGCUACACUGACUACUGCAACAGCAUUGACCUCAAAGUGCCCUCUGUGACUUCUCAGUCAGGACCAGGGGGAGGCUACGGUCCAGGUGGGACAUGGGGGCUGGUGGAACUCGUAGCUGUGAUUGUAGGGCCGCUGUUUCUGCUGUGCCUCUUGCUGUUGGUGGCUGCCUUCCUGUUUCAGUACCACCAGAGGGUAUACAGCCAUAGGCAGAGGCUGGCGAUGGAGGACCCCUCCUGUGAAAAUCUCUAUCUGGCCAAAGACCGAACCCUGCAGGACCUCAUUUAUGAUCUGUCCACAUCUGGCUCAGGCUCAGGUCUGCCUCUGUUUGUACAGCGGACUGUCGCCAGGACAAUUGUACUGCAGGACAUCAUCGGUAAGGGACGUUUUGGGGAGGUGUGGCGAGGUCGCUGGAGGGGCGGAGAUGUGGCUGUGAAGAUUUUUUCAUCCAGAGAAGAGCGGUCCUGGUUCCGUGAAGCCGAAAUCUAUCAGACCAUUAUGCUCCGCCAUGAGAAUAUCCUGGGCUUUAUAGCUGCUGACAACAAAGAUAAUGGCACGUGGACCCAGUUGUGGUUGGUGUCAGACUACCAUGAGCACGGUUCUCUGUUUGACUACCUGAACCGCUACUCUGUUACUACUGAAGGAAUGAUUAAACUUGCACUGUCAGCUGCCAGUGGCCUGGCACAUCUGCACAUGGAGAUUCUUGGAACACAAGGAAAGCCAGGCAUUGCCCACCGAGAUUUAAAGUCCAAGAAUAUCCUAGUGAAAAAGAAUUGCACCUGUGCCAUCGCUGACCUGGGCUUAGCUGUGCGCCAUGACUCUGCCACGGACACCAUCGACAUUGCCCCUAACCAAAGGGUGGGAACUAAGAGGUACAUGGCUCCAGAAGUUCUAGAUGAGAGUAUCAACAUGAGACACUUUGACUCAUUUAAAUGUGCUGAUAUCUAUGCUUUGGGACUGGUCUAUUGGGAGAUUGCACGCCGCUGUCAUAGUGGAGGUGUCCAUGAAGAAUACCAGUUGCCCUAUUAUGACCUGGUACCCUCUGAUCCUUCAAUAGAGGAGAUGAGGAAGGUGGUCUCCGACCAAAAGCUGCGGCCCAGUAUCCCAAAUUGGUGGCAGAGCUACGAGGCUUUACGGGUUAUGGGCAAAAUAAUGAGGGAGUGUUGGUAUGUUAAUGGAGCUGCCCGCUUGACAGCGCUGCGCAUCAAAAAGACUCUGUCCCAGCUGAGCAUCCAAGAGGACAUUAAAGUUUGAGUUUAGUCACCAAUUCACUGAGAACGAGCACUUGGAGAGACAGAUUUCAUGACUUCAAGACACUGAGAGGAAGGAGCCGGGCCUUCUUUAAAGAACUCACAAA